AUGAAGUCGUCAUCUACCGCUCUUAUUGCGAUAUGUCUCUGUCUCGGCGUGUCAUGCGCACUGGGAGCCGGAUAUGGUUCCGGUUACAACAGCUAUGAUACCUAUGGAAGCGUAGGAGGCGGAUACACCAUGGGUUAUGGAGGCGACUAUGGAAGUGGGUACGGAAGCGGAUACGGUAGUGGAUACGGAAGCGGUUACGGUAGUGGAUACGGAAGCGGAUACGGACACUCAAAGGGACACGGAAAGGGCUACGUCUCCACCGAGACCGUUAUUAGACAACCGUAUAUCCAGCCUAUGGCCCUCCCACCACCACCACCCCAGGCCGGCAAUGACGGACUUUUAGGACUCGGAGGAGGAUCUGGACUUCUUU